UUUUCGUCACACAAUGAAGAUGCUGUAUUAAGUGCAAUGCAACAUAUAGAAAAAUUCGAGUCCAGAGACCAGAGAAACAGCUCCUUGAGUCUGGAUAGAAGAAAAAGACUAGCAGACAUGCGGGUUGUCAUCACACAACAUUUUACUGAAAGAACUGUCACUCCGGGUGGUGAUAUAAGCAUGCAAUGUGCAGCAACCGGAGAUCGACCUCCUCAGUUCGUGUGGGAGAGAGACGGCAUCGUCGUGUCUAGUAACACGGAUCCUAGAUACGCACUAGGCCAAGUGAUGACAUCAGAUAACUCAGUGGUCACGCAGCUGAACAUCACCAGAGUGAGAGUGGAAGACGGAGGACUGUACUCCUGCACCGCCAGGGAGGGAGACCAUGUGGCUUCCCAUGAGAACAGGCUUGACGUUUAUGGUCCACCAUAUAUCAGGUCUUUGCCACCAGUCAAAGUACAAAGUGGAGAAUCAGUUAAUCUAAGGUGCCCAUUUUAUGGAUAUCCUAUAAGCAAAAUCGACUGGGAAUACCAAGGCAAGUUGCUAACAUCAAACGCCAUCUUCCAAUCCCGCUACAAGAGAUCCCACCAAAAACGAAAAUCCAGACGCAACGCCCCAAGCGUGAACAUCAAUGGAAUUCUUUCUAUACCAGAAAUAUCCAAGGAAUCCAACGGAGCUAUUUACACUUGCAUAGUCACCAGUCCUUCGGGAGAAAUGGCCAGAAGGGCUUUUGAAAUACAGGUCAUAGAAGCACCGGUACUAGAUGAUCUGCUACUAGGGACGAAUUUGCAGGAAGGGCAGAUUGUGAAUAUAUAUUGUAAUGUAAAGACUGGGGAUCUGCCGAUUCAUUUUGAGUGGUUGAAAGAUGGUAAACGGAUUUCUAGUGGGUUGAAGGUGGUAGAAAGAAACUCAGAGCUCUUCAGUGCAUUAGUCAUCAAGAAAGUAUCAUUAGAACAUUGUGGGACCUAUACAUGCGUUGCCUCCAACCAUGUGGCGAAAGUCAACAGAUCUACAGAACUGUAUAUAAAAGUGGCUCCAAAAUGGCUGGAUGAGCCGAACAACUCUUCACUUCUCCUCGGCAGAAGAGGUACAGUGUCAUGCAGUGCCAGCGGCUACCCGCAGCCUCAAGUGCAUUGGAUGAAGAAAGAUGCUCUCCUCGGCACCUGGCAGCCAGUUCUCGAGCUGGCCGGUGGUGGGAUCCUCAGUCUGCCUAACGGGACCCUCAUUAUUGAGGAGGUGUCCCUCACGGAUGAAGGGUUGUACUCCUGCAAUGUGGAGAAUGGAGUUGGGCAGCCUUUGAGCAAGACUGUUUGGAUGAGUGUUAAUAAACCAGUCCACUUUGAAGCAUCAUCAACAAACGUGACGUCACGACUGGGUCACCCAGUGACGUUGGAAUGUCGCCCACUGGGUGACGAACCUAUCAGGGUCACCUGGACUCAUGAUGGCAAUAAUUUAGAUUUUAUUAAUCAAAGAGCAAAGAUAUCGGAAACAAAAACAGCCCUUGGAGUAGUCAGCACUAUCAACCUUCAGUAUUCAGAAACUGCUGAUGCUGGUCUAUAUCAAUGCAGAGCUACCAACCCAUAUGGAACUGCCAGUUUUGGAGUACAUCUAACUAUUUUAGAGCCCCCCACUCCGCCUUCAGACUUGCGCGUUGAAACAGUGCGGUCGCGCACCGCCGCAGUGUCGUGGCGAGACACGUUGAGAGCGCACGCCCGACAUUAUACGCUGCAGUACUCGCAUUUACAUUAUAGCGAUGCGGUUUGGGAACAUGCUACUACUAUGAAUGUUACGAGAAAAGAACAAGAACUCCGUCAAACAGUGGAACUCCAGAACCUUCGACCAGCCACGCCGUAUGCCGUCCGCGUUGCUACGGGCAACCAAGUCGGCGUCUCGCUCUAUACAGCACCAGUACACUUUACUACACAUGAAGAAGCUCCAUCAUCAGCCCCAGUGAACGUGCAAGUGGAACAAACAGAGAACCCCGGCGAGUUGUACGUGUCCUGGUCUGCGCCGCUACAGGACGCGCACAACGGAGUCAUAGUGGGGUACCACGUGAAGGCCGUCGCUCAGAGCGUUGGCGCUGUUUCAGAGGAAGCUGAUACACGGACCAUAAAAGUGUCACAACUGUCAGGCAAACAAGAAACUUUGUUGAGUGGACUUAUGAAGAACACCAGGUAUGCUGUAUCAGUCUCGGCGUUUACCAAUGCCGGUUCUGGACCAUUCUCACUACCAGUAUUCCAAGACACUAGAGAAGGAGCUCCCGAACAAGCUCCAUCAUCAGUAGAAUGUACGGCAGUGUCAUCGACGUCACUCAGGAUUGGAUGGCAGCCCAUAGGCAUGCCUGGACAAGGCAACUCACUAGUAGGAUACACUGUGCUUUUCGCUACUGAUGAAGCGGCCUGGCAGAACCAGACGUCGUUACACACGGAGCUAUACUUACAAAGUCUGCUGAAAUACACCAACUAUACUGUGAAAGUGGCUGGAUUCUCCAACUUUGGGGCCGGGCCUUAUUCUUAUCCUAUUGUUUGUGCUACUUUGCAAGAUGUGCCGGGUCCCCCAGCAGACAUCAAAGUUCUGGUGCUGUCAUCAUCAUCACUCCUCAUCAGUUGGAAGAAACCACUGCAUCCAAAUGGAGAACUCUUGCACUACACCGUUUAUGUUAAACCGACGUCCAGCAACGGGCCGGCACAGACGCUCCGAAUAGAAGCGGGGCGCAGCACAGCGGAGGUGACGGAGCUCUCGGCCGGCAGGACUUACGAGGCGUGGGUCACGGCCAGUACUGCUGCCGGAGAGGGUGGCGCUACUAGACGAGUUUCACAUACUCCUACUCAUAGAGUGGUAGCAGGAGUAGCCUCCCUCGGAGGCACAGUAUCAGUAGGAGUCGGCAGUUCUCUACUCCUCGUGUGUCAAUGUGUGGGCUCCCCACCGCCUCGCACCGUGUGGUACCACAAGCACAAUAUCAUCACACAUCAUCCGAGGUUCACAAGGAACCAUGAUGAUAGUCUGCUUAUUAAUAACAUAGACCAAUCCCUAAGCGGCAACUACACGUGCCUUGCCAAGAAUCUGUACGGUUCAGACUCAGUGGAGUACACCGUCAUAGUGCUACCCCUCCCUGAAGCGCCGAUACUCCGCGCCACGCCUUAUAAGGACUCUAUACUGGUGGAGUGGGAACAGCCUUAUUAUUCUGUUAAUAAUAGGAGUGGGAGUCAGAAGAUUAGUUACAGCCUAACAUGGAAAGAAGCCAACAGUCCAUGGAGAGAGGCAUGGCCGUCGAACAAGCUGCCCAACUUAUCAGGGGUACAGAAACAUGUCCUAACAGGUCUCAAGUGUGGGACCAAGUAUUCUCUGCGGAUCACUGCUACUAACAAAGUUGGGACUUCACAGCCUGCUUAUUUGGAUGUCAGUACUUUGGGUGGAGUACCAAUCCCACCAUCAACAAACGAGUGGCUUUGGAGUAACGCGUCACAUAUCUACGUGCAGCUCGCAGGCUGGGAGCACGGCGGCUGUGCGCUCAGAGUACUGGACGUGGAGUAUAAGCAGCUUGGUGCUAGAGCUUGGAUUAGGGCUCAUAAUAAUAUGCCAUACUCAGACCUAUCAUCCUGGAGCCUCUCAUCUCUCUACCAGUCGAAGAUCCCGACGUACGCGAUAUCAGACCUCGCUCCCGGCACGUGGUACCAACUGCGAGUCACCGCUACCAAUGAGGCGGGCAGUGUUACUACCACUUAUAGUUACGCUACUAAGAACGAGGAUGGGAGUGAAGUGGGACCCCCGUCAGAGCUAUUUGACUUGAACAUGUUGGUGAUAAUCUGCAGCUCAAUCCUCCUCACUAUCUGCCUGCUCAGCUGUAUUUACAUACUAGUCAAGAGGCAGAGAGCCGGCAACCUAACAGAAUACAGGGAUUCAAUAACCAUAGACAACAAAUCCGAGAGUGGCAACUUAACAGCCAACACUUCACAUACCAACUUAGCCAACGUUAAAGAAAACGCUAUGAAUGCACAAAACAGGAUCUACAGUGCACCCAUACAUAUGAGGAAUAAUAGUAAACAUGAGCUGUACGAGAUAAGUCCAUAUGCACAGUUUGCAGUGGGCUUCAGAACGUUUGGUCACGUUGAGAACCAAGACCUGCCGAGUCGGCAUACUAAACAUAGAUACGAUACAGAAACCAGUUUCCAAGUGUGUUCAGAAUCUGAGGACAGCGAUAGCAUAUCAAAGUCUACUCUAAAAAGUGUUCCAAGAAAAGUCUGCAGAACCCCUCACCAUAGGUAACUAAAUAAGGAAGAACUUUCUUUUUAACGAAAAACUCGUCUCAAAGGACCAGAUUUCAAGGACUACAAAAACGUCAU